CAACGUCGUCAUCAUAACCACAGGAUCGAUAGAGUGGAAUUAGGCAAAAUCUUUGAAGACGGCCUCGUUGUUGAUGCCAACGUAUUCCUCUCUUCACUCGCAGCCUUCAAAGUUGUCUAUGCUCUCUGCCGUGGAAGAUCCGCCGGUGUGCAGCGGUCGUCUGUGUAGUUUUUGCCAUGGGGAGUUUGAGACCCAAUAUAGAAAGCAAUUUGCGAAUGUGCCGAGUUACGCGAGGCCCACGGCAGCGGCGACCAGGCGCGCGAUAGCGAUCUACAACCAAACCCGUACCCGAUCGUCCAUCCCGAGCACUUACUCGCCCGCGAAGCUGGGUUUCGAGGAUCUGCCGGCAGAGAUCAGGCUACAGAUCUACAGAUCCUGCCUCCAGGAACCAAACAUCCGCUCGCUAAACGUCUUGAUCUCUGCGUGGGUGAGGGGAGGGGGGUUUCAUGCCGACCGAAAGCUUUCUCGGUACUCGCCGCUGAUGCACAUACACGCCUCGCACAGCUUCCCUCGGAAUCUACUGGCGCUCAACAAGCGGAUACACAGGGAAGCGCUUCUGGAGCUCUACAAGAACAUAAGAUUUCGAAUCGCCGCGUCCGUGGUUUCCACGCAUAUACCGCAGCUCAGAUACUGGCUAACGUUGCAUCCGAUGCGUCUCACCAGCGUGCUGGAGAUUCCGCUGACGAUCAGGAUCUGGAGGCAACUGCGGUUCGUCGAGUGCGAAGAGUCUACCAGGGCGAAGGUGCUCACAGUCGGCCACAUGAGAGAAUUGGCCAGUACAUUCGCGAGGAUGCCGAAUCUCAAGCAGGUGAACAUCUUCGUUGUGAUUGCUCUAGGGCACGACGAAACCUACGCGGACGCGGUGAAGGAAGUGACCAGGCAAAGGCAGUGGAAGAAAAGGCUGUCCAUUCUUCGUGGAGGGUUGCCCGCUUCAUGCAAGUCGACCAUCAUCGUCAAGGCUGACCCUACCCACGCGAGGGUCUCGGAGUUGAUUCGACUAGAGCAAGGUUUUGUGAAGAUAUUCCGAGACGCCUUCGGCGAAGAUGCAUUCGAGGUGCGACAAUUUGAUUCGUCGGAUGGAGUUCAUGGAAUCUGGAGGUACGGCUUACAUCUACUGCUGAUCACGCACAUAUCUUGAGACGUCGUGCCUUUUUUUUUACGCAAAGGAAGAAGGUUUCGUAAAGUCGG